AUGGCUGCUGUUGGCCUGGCAACUGCUGCCAGAAAAAAACACAAGGCAGAGGAACUCAUAUGGGUGAAGUACACAGAUGUGCUACUGGACAAUGAGCUGCACUUCAAACUCAAAGCCUAUAGCUCCGCAAUCUCUGUCUUAAAGAGAGCCGUGGAGCUCUACCACAGCUCGCACUUUCAGGAGGCUCUGGUGUGCUACCAGGAAGGGAUCCAGCUCCUGUUGGAUGUACUGAAAGUUGUAAAAGAUGAUUCAAAGAAGGGCCACUACAGGGAGAAAAUCAAGGGCUACAUGGACCGAGCAGAACAGAUCAAAGACCAUGUGAACAAACUGAAAGAAGAGGGUAAAUACCAUGAGCAGAUAAAGAUAGCAGCUAGUUCCACUGGUUUCAGCUAUGAAUCCCUCUUCAAACCCUACAUUAGAGACGGACUGAAUGAAGUCUGGGUGGAAGACCCUUAUGUACGGCAUGUCCAUCAGUUGUAUAAUUUCCUUCGUUUCUGUGAAAUGCUGCUGAAAUGCCAGUGUAAAGUAAAGACGAUUCACCUUCUGACCUCGCAGGAUGAGGACAGCUCUGCUCAGCAAACCAGUGCCCUGGCAGAAAUAAAGCAGUCGCUACGGAGUCAAAAUGUCUGUCUGGACAUUUAGUACUCAUCUACUAUUCAUGACAGGGAGAUCAGGUUUAAUAAUGGUUGGAUUAUUAAGAUUGGCAGGGGACUCGAUUAUUUCAAAAAACCCAAGGGCCGCUUCUCUGUAGGAUACUGUGAUUACGAUUUUAGAGAGUGUCAUGAGACUACUGUGGACGUGUUUCAUACAAAACACACUAAGAAGACAUAAUCUUGCUUCAAAAGCACUGUCUGGCAUAUCUAUGGGACGUAAUUUCAAAUGCAAUCCUCACAUACCAACCCGGGCAACUGGAAAUGUGCCUUUUGAUCCCAUGUACAACUUUUAAAUAAUGCAAAAGAACUGAUUUUAUUGCCCGUUUUAAAAUGUUCUGAUAUGAAUGACAAAGGAAUAUUCAGAGGUCUUCUCUACACCAUUACUUCUAUUCUGCUGUUUUCAAACAAUUGGAGCACUAGUAGGCUAUAUGAUAAGGUGAUUGAUACUGAUAUGUAUUUAUUAUAUGUUUGCUUCUGUAAUUAAGAUAAAAACCGAAGUGCAUUUGUAAAUAAGGUAGUA